AAAAAUUAAUUUGCGUUUUUCGUGGUUUAGAAAAGUUGUCACUGCGUCCCGACGCGUAAGCGACCCCCAAUCACACCCCCUAGUACACGUAACAACUCACCCCAUGCACAAUUACCGCAAACACGAUUUUCAAAAGUGAGGUUAAUUUUUGCGCGGGAAGCAACCACCAACAACCACACAACGUCGCCGCGACUUAGCGACCACCACCAUGGGUAUUCUCGGUUUAUCUAAACUUCUGGCGGACCUCGCCCCCCAAGCCAUCAAAGAAGGCGAAAUCAAGCACUACUUCGGCCGCAAAGUCGCAAUCGACGCCUCCAUGUGCUUAUACCAGUUCCUCAUAGCCGUUCGAAACGAAACCGGCCAACUCACCUCAGUCGACGGCGAAACCACCUCUCACCUCCUUGGAACCUUCUACCGCACAAUCCGCCUCAUCGAAAACGGGAUUAAACCGGUCUACGUUUUCGACGGCAAGCCCCCAGAUUUGAAAUCCGCCGAGUUGAACAAACGUCAAGAACGGCGCGAGGAGGCCCAGAAAGCCCUCGACAAAGCCACUGAACUAGGAGACGUCACAGAAAUAGACAGGUUCAACCGGCGCCUGGUCAAAGUCACGCGCAACCACGCCGACGAAGCCAAGCAGCUGCUCACUUUAAUGGGGGUGCCGUAUGUGGAAGCCCCGUGUGAAGCGGAGGCUCAGUGCGCCGCUAUGGUGAAAGCGGGACUUGUGUACGCCACGGCCACCGAAGACAUGGACGCUUUGACUUUCGGUUCCAACAUUUUGCUGAGACACUUGACGUUCAGUGAAGCCAGAAAAAUGCCAGUGCAGGAGAUUCAUCUCGAUAAAGUUCUACAAGGGUUGGAGUUGGAUCAGGGGGCUUUCGUCGAUUUGUGUAUUUUACUGGGGUGUGACUACACUGAAAGCAUCAGAGGGAUUGGGCCAAAGAGAGCAAUCGAGUUGAUUAAAAAGCAUAAAAGUAUUGAUGAAGUGCUCAAGAACAUUGAUGCUAAUAAGUAUCCGGCGCCGCAGGAGUGGAAUUACGAGGGGGCGCGGCGGCUGUUUUAUGACCCAGAGGUGAUGGAAGCCACGAAUAUUGAGUUGAAAUGGAAUGACCCUGAUGAGGAAGGAAUGGUGAAGUUUCUCUGUGGGGAUAAACAAUUUAAUGAAGAGCGUGUCAGAAACGGCGUUAAAAAGUUAUUAAAGUCACGUGGUUCUAGCGUUCAGGGGAGAUUGGAUGGAUUUUUUACCGUGUUGUCUACGACUCCUGCUAAACGUAAAGCUGAUGACAAGAAGCAGACCACCAAUAAGAAAAAGAAAGGGAGCGGGGGCGGGGGCAGAGGUCGCGGUAGACCGAAAUAAACUCGAAAAUAUUUUAUUUUUUACGUUUGCAUUUACACUACUCCAUUUUUUCCACUAUUUCUUGUAGGCGGGUGUUAUUACUCGAACUUUUAUGUUUUAAGUAGUCUUUGGUCCUGAUCUGAAACACGAAUAUUUGUAGUUUUUAUUUUUUCUGAUGUAUUAAUAUUAAUUUGUAAUAAAACAUACCAGAUAUCGCUUGUCUAA